UCUUCUGGAGAAGUGUUUUUUAUAAAUGUCUUUUGUUGAGCUUGAACAGUUGAAGCGCUACCCCCUACUCCUCGCCGGAGAUGCCGCCGGAGACCUCGCCGCCGACGCCACCUCCCCCUGCCCCUCACACCCUCGCCUCCCCGCUCGGCAUACCCGUCCCCGCCCCCACCUUCCCGCCCGAGCCGGCGCCCCCGUGGCGGGACCAGCUGACCCUCCGGGGCGUCGCCGUCGCGGCGGCGCUGGGUGCGCUGCUGUGCGUGGUGAUCCACCGCCUCAACCUCACCGUCGGGGUCAUCCCGGCACUCAACGUCGCCUCGGGCCUCCUCGCCUUCUUCCUCUCGACCGCGUGGCGGGCCGCCGCCGAGAGGCUAGGGUUUGGCGGCGGAUGUCCGUUCACGAGGCAGGAGAACACCGUCAUCCAAACAUGCGCCAUCGCCUGCGCCGGCCUCGCCUUUAGCGGGUGUUCAGCCUCGUACAUCUUUGCGAUGGACAGGAAGACUUAUGAGCUUGUGGGACCAGACUAUCCGGGCAAUCGAGCCAAGGAUGUUAGAGAUCCUUCACUUGGUUGGAUGAUCAGUUUCCUGUUCCUCAUUGCUCUCCUCGGGCCAUUUAGCGUUGUCGUGCUGCGGAAGGUAAUGGUGAUUGAUUACAAGCUUGCAUUCCCUGGUGCGACAGCUACAGCUCUGAUGAUUAAUAGCUUGCAUGGAAAAACAGAAGGUGAUCAUGCAGGGAAAAAAGUACAUUGUCUUGUAAAGUACAUGAGCAUUAGUUUUGGCUGGAGCUUCUUUAAGUGGUUCUUUAGUGGUGUUGGUGACUCUUGUGGUUUUGGCAAUUUCCCCACAUUUGGGCUUGAUGCCUUUAAGAAUACGUUUUAUUUCAACUUCAGUCCUAGUUAUGUUGGGUUUGGUCUUAUUUCCCCCCAUAUUGUGAACUGCUCGGUUUUCCUUGGGUCAGUCAUAUCUUGGGGUUUUCUUUGGCCAUUUAUCAGCGCACAAGCUGGACACUGGUACCCAGAUAACCUUAGUAACAGUGACUUCAGGGGCCUGUAUGGGUACAAGGUCUUCAUAGCCAUUUCUAUCAUACUUGGAGAUGGCCUCUACAAUUUAGUUAAGAUAUUUGUCAUCAUUGCUAGGGAAUUCUGCAAUGUGCAAUCAAAACAACAUGAUCUGCCUGUUCGAGCUCUGGAAGAUGAUGAAAGCUCUGAACAAUUAGCAAAUGAGAAAUUACAAACUGAGGUAUUCCUCAAAGAUAGCAUAUCUCCUUGGUUUGCUGCUUCUGGUUACAUUGUACUCGCAGCAAUAUCCACCACCUCUGUGCCCAUCAUAUUUCCCCAACUCAAGUGGUACCUUGUCCUCUUCUGCUACUUCCUUGCUCCUGCCAUUGCCUUCUGCAACUCCUACGGGAUGGGUCUCACGAACCUGAACCUCGCUCCCACCUAUGGCAAGAUCGCCCUCUUUGCAUUUGCCUCACUCGUUGGCAGUGAUGGUGGCGUCAUUGCCGGCCUUGCAGCAUGUGGCAUCAUCAUGUCAAUCGCCUGCUCCACAGCUGAUCUCAUGCAGGACUUCAAGAGUGGGUACCUGACCCUCUCCUCGCCGCGGUCGAUGUUUGUCGCCCAGCUGAUCGGCAUCGCGCUUGGGUGCAUCAUAGCCCCACUCACACUGUGGCUCUUCUGGACGGCCUUUGACAUCGGCGACCCUGAUGGCGAGUACAAGGCCCCCUUCGCCAUCAUGUUCAGGGAGAUGGCCAUUCUCGGGAUCGAAGGCUUCUCUGCGCUGCCAUCGCACUGCCUCGAGAUCUGCUGUGCUGCCUUCAUCCUCGCACUGGCCAUCUGCCUCCUCAAGGACAUGACACCGGCAAAUGUGUCUAGGUUCAUCCCCAUACCGAUGGCAAUGGCCGUGCCAUUCUACGUCGGCGCCUAUUUUGGCGUGGACAUGUUCAUAGGCACGGUGAUCUUGUUCGCCUGGCAGAAUAUGAACCGGGAGGAGGCUGAUGGUUAUGCAGUGGCAGUGGCGUCCGGGUUGAUCUGUGGAGAUGGGGUCUGGAGCAUCCCUUCUGCUGUUCUGUCCAUCCUGGGAGUGGAGCCACCCAUCUGCAUGUCCUUCAGGCCCUCCUCUGCUUCCAGGUGAGAUGGACCGAAGUUUGAUUCUCUAGGCCAUGUGUAUUGUGUUUGUACCAUUGGUGAGAUCCUGUAAAUACAUACAAAGUAGGCAUUUGCUGUACAUCCUUCUUGUGGGUACAUUCAUGAUUGUACAGAUUUUAGGGCACUAGAUCCAUUGUUCCUCAUGAAUUGUAUGAAACGAGAUACACCCAUUGCCUUUACUCC